AUGUUCCUUUCUUAUAUUAGCACAUUUCUAUUUACACUUUUGUUAUGUAUAAUAGAAUUAUCAUACAAGAAUAGUACAGACAUUUAUUAUCUCACAAAAUAUAAAAAAUACCCAAUAGUAAAAUCACCAUAUGUAAGAUCAUUAGCAGAACGUUAUCAACAAGAACGUUAUCAACAAACAAAAGUAACUAGUAAGUAUGAUGAGCUUAGAACAUUAGGUGAGUCUGUUCAAGAAAAAAAAAAACCAAGUAAAUAUUAUGACAUUAGGGGCUAUGGUCAACCCACACACAAAAAAAAAAUACCUAGUAAGUAUGAUGACAUUAGGGGCUAUGGUCAACCCACACACAAAAAAAAAAAACCUAGUAAGUAUGAUGAAAUUAGGGGCUAUAGUCAACACACACACAAAAAAAAGGAAAUACCAAGUAAGUAUGAUGAAAUUAGGGGAUAUGGUCAACACACACAAAAAAAGAAAAUGCCUAGUAAGUAUGAUGACCUUAGAAAUUUAAAAGUACAAAACGUUAAUAAUAGAAUGAAACCAACAACUAAUGAUGAUUUAAAAUUAUUGUCAGAAAAUUAUGAAAAGGAAAAAACGGAAAAACACAAAUUAUUAAAAUUUAUAAAAAAAAAGGAUAAAGAAAAUAUUGAAAGACAAAAACAUGGACUACCUCCAGAUAUGUCAUACGAAGGAUUAUCCUCAAAAAAAGUAGGAGCAGAACAUGUAUGGAGCGAUGUAACAUAUACAUUAAAAAAAGGAAUAUUAAGUGGUUUAAAAUUUAUUUGGAGAAGUAUCAGUUUUAUUAUAAAACUUAUAUUCUUUGGAUUAAUAUCACUUCUGUUUUGGUUAGUUAGAGGUAUUUCCAGUUUAUUUUAA